CAGUCGUCGUCGUCGUCGUCAGUUUUCCGUCUGUCGUUGCUCGUUCAUGUUCGUGUGUGCUGUGUACCUGGUUUGAAAUUUUUAUUAAGCAGAGAAAAUACAGUGAAUAAAUUUGUCAGAAGUCAGCAGGUAGUGGAAAAGAAUCAAAAAAGGUGAUUGCAAUUGAUCUCGGGCGGAGUAACAGCUAACGAGUUAGGCGUUCAAGAACCGGUGAUCUGUACCUGGCUGUAAAACCGCAGAAAAAGGGCUGGCUGGGGAUCUGCCCCGUGUGUGUUUUUGAUGGUGAAAAAGUGCCCCCUUGUGCAUAUGUGAUUUCAAGAGGCAAUAUCGAAGAAAUUCAAAAUAGGGAAAAUGGCCUGCGCCAGCACUGCGACGACGGGUAGCACCAUGGAAGCGGUUGCUCCGACGAAUGUCUCUGUCGCUACCCGUCCAACGCGAUUCACCAUGGAGGGCGUCGGAUCCCGGGUUAUUCGCGGACCGGACUGGAAAUGGGGAAAACAGGAUGGCGGCGAAGGCCACGUUGGGACGGUGCGCAAUUUCGAAUCCCAGGAGGAGGUGGUCGUUGUCUGGGACAACGGAACCGCCGCUAACUACCGGUGCGCUGGUGCGUACGACCUACGCAUCCUAGAUAGUGCUCCGACCGGUAUCAAGCACGAGGGUACCAUGUGCGACACAUGCCGACAAACGCCCAUCUUCGGCAUACGCUGGAAGUGUGCCGAAUGCAACAACUACGACCUGUGCUCGAUCUGCUACCACGGAGAUAAGCACCAUUCGAGGCAUCGGUUCCAUCGGAUUUCGACACCAGGUGGCGAGAAGACGCUUUUGGAACCGCGACGCAAAGCGAAGAAGAUUGCCGUGCGGGGGAUAUUUCCGGGGGCACGAGUAGUUCGGGGCGUCGAUUGGCAGUGGGAAGAUCAGGAUGGUGGCAAUGGACGACGGGGAAAGGUUAAUGAGAUUCAGGACUGGUCGUCAGCUUCGCCACGUUCGGCCGCAUAUGUAGUGUGGGACAAUGGUGCGAAGAAUUUGUAUCGUGUGGGGUUCGAAGGUAUGGCGGAUUUGAAGGUGGUAAACGAUUCUAAAGGAAACACCGUGUAUCGCGACCAUCUACCGUUGCUGGGAGAGUUUGGUCCGGGACGAGGGCCGCAUAGUUUUCAGAUAGGGGAUCAGGUGACAGUGGAUUUAGAAAUCGAGAUUGUACAAUCGCUGCAGCAUGGCCAUGGAGGCUGGACCGAUGGAAUGUAUGAAUGUUUGAACACAACCGGUACGGUUGUCGGGAUCGAUGAGGAUCACGAUAUUGUUGUGGCGUAUCCAAGCUCACACCGAUGGACGUUCAACCCAACGGUACUGACAAUCGUUUCGUCGCCUGCAUCGAUGUUGAGCGAAAACCAGUUGCAACAAUUCGCUGUGGGUGAUUUUGUCAAGAUUUGUAGUGAUCUGGAAAGGAUCAAAAUACUGCAAAGAGGUCACGGAGAAUGGGCUGAAGCUAUGUUCCCCACCCUAGGAAAGGUUGGUCGUGUACAGCAGGUUUACCAUGACAACGAUCUGAAGGUGGAAGUUUGCAAUACUUCAUGGACCUAUAAUCCGCUGGGAGUUACGAAAGUGGCCUCUUCGUCGGAUGGUUCGACGGCUGUGACUACCAACGGAGAGCGACUCUCGGCAAUUUUGAAAAAGUUAUUCGAACCUCACGCAUCUGGGGACACAACUGAAGAGCUCGUUAAGGCAGCUGCGAAUGGCGAUGUGGCUAAGGUUGAGGAGUUCCUGUCUGGUGGGACUUCUUCACAGAAUGUUGCUUCAUCAUCCACCAGCUCCCAGGAAUCAUCUCAGGUGGUGAAGGUAGACGUAAACGGAGUCUUCGCUGGUCACACUGCUUUGCAAGCAGCUAGCCAGAAUGGUCACCUGGAGGUGAUUCAAGUUCUACUUCGUUACAAUGCGGAUGUAGAGAUUGAAGAUAAAGACGGGGACCGUGCUGUUCACCAUGCUGCAUUUGGUGACGAACCAGGAGUUAUGGGAUUGUUAGCGAAGGCCGGGGCUGAUCAGAACGCCCGAAACAAGCGAAGACAGACUGCGCUCCAUAUUGCGGUUAAUAAGGGCCACUUCAAUGUCGUCAAAACGCUACUGGAGUUAAGCUGUCAUCCUAGUCUUCAGGAUUCAGAAGGUGAUACGCCUCUUCAUGACGCAAUAUCAAAAGAGCACGACAACAUGCUUUCUUUGUUAUUGGAUUAUGGGGCGGAUAUCACGCUAACCAACAAUAAUGGCUUCAACGCUUUGCAUCACGCUGCACUGAAGGGUAAUCCCAGUGCCAUGAAAAUUCUACUAACGAAAACCAAUCGCCUAUGGAUCGUAGAGGAAAAGAAGGAAGAUGGCUACACCGCUUUACACCUAGCUGCGUUGAACAAUCACGUGGAGAUAGCAGAACUGCUUGUUAAAAUGGGAAAAGCCAACAUGGAUUGUCAGAACGUUAAUCUGCAAACGGCCCUACACUUAGCCGUCGAACGGCAACACGUACAAAUAGUGAAACUGCUUGUCCGUGAAGGGGCCAAUCUUAACAUUCCCGAUAAAGACGGCGAUACGCCCUUACAUGAAGCUCUGAGGCAUCACACUUUGUCCCAACUGCGACAGCUCCAGGAUGUCGAAGGGUUCGGAAAGAUUCUUAUGGGACUGAGAAACAACACCGAUAAGAAAGCAUCGGCCUCGAUCGCCUGCUUUCUAGCUGCCAAUGGAGCGGAUCUAACGAUAAAGAAUCGUAAACUACAAACGCCGUUGGAUCUCUGUCCAGAUCCGAACCUCUGUAAAACCCUAAUCAAGUGCUACAACGAGCGUAAAACCGACGACAUGGACAUGACGGCCGCUGGCGGCACUGCUCUGCCUGGAGCAAACUUGAUGCGCAACGGAGCAGCGGCACCUCUGGCAAGUGCAGCCACUGCUCCGAGCUCUUCCUCUCUGGUGACUGCUCCCACUCCGGGAAUUUCAUCGUCCGGAGUAUCGGUGGAUGCCAAUCUACUGAACGAUCUGAAUAAGAUGUCCAUUCAGCCAACAGUUGGUGGACAAAACACCGUUGCGGGUUCAAACGGUAGUCCCCUGGAUGAAUGCUUGCUCUGUUCAGAUCAAAAGCGGGACACUGUGUUCAAACCGUGCGGACAUGUGGUGUGCUGUGACAAUUGCAGUCCUAGGAUAAAGAAAUGUUUGAUUUGUCGCGAAGCGGUUUCAGAGCGCGAGAAGAUUGGCGAGUGUUUGGUUUGUUCCGACCGGAAGGCUUCGGUGUUCUUCAAACCAUGUGGCCACAUGGUGGCCUGUGACAAUUGCGCGCAAAUAAUGAAGAAAUGCGUUCAGUGUAGGAUGCAGCUAGAGCAGAAAGUACCGCUAUCGGUAUGCAGCGGAGGGCCUGGAAAUGUUGUCACGGUACAGUGUCAGCGCGAUGAAAAGAAAGAAGGCAACCAAACCGUGCUACAGGGUAUCAAUAAGAGUGGACAUGGUGUUGCCAUGAACAACACAAUGUCUCCAAAUGUUAGCGGAGUGAGUGGUACUCCAACGUCACUUACCACGAUGAACAACAUUGGCGCAGGGAACGUGGCGCCGAACAAUCUAAACCUGGCAGACGACGUUCAAAAAUUGCAACAACAGCUGCAAGAGUUCAGAGAACAGGCAAUGUGUCCAGUGUGUUUCGACCGCAACAAAAACAUGGUGUUCCUGUGCGGCCAUGGUACGUGUCAGUUGUGUGGCGAUCAAAUCGAAGGUUGCCCAAUCUGUCGCAAAACGGUGGAGAAGCGAAUUUUGAUGUUUUAAUUCCUAUUCCUAACUGUGCCGCACAACCUUUCUCUCAAACAAGUAGAUGUUCCAUGAAUUCUCCCUACUUGGCCGCAGAGGCAUUUUACGAAAAUCAAAAUUCUAUUACCUAAGUUUAUGUUAUUAAUAGGUUUUUGAAAUGUGUCAAUCCGGAAUCAAAACUCAUUCUAUGUAAUAGUCGAAGCGAUAUAUAUUAUAUUUUUUACGUUUUAACGUUAACAUUUUAAGGGUUUUAUUUUAUCGCACAUUAGUAGUUAUAGAUUAUUAUUUUUCAAUCGGAUUUGUUGAAACUGCCUACGGCAGUAAUAAGCACGAGCUCGAAAUGCUUUCGUCUCAUCUGAGAUGGGGUAUAGCUUCAUGAUAGUUGUAGUAAAAUAUCAUCCAUAAACUAAUAUUUAAUCCCGAGAAAUUACAAAAUUUCAUUGAUGAUUGUACACAACUAUUAGGUACAUCUACUUGGAACAUUAUACAAAAUCAAAAUAGUUACGAAAAUAUAUUUUUAACAAAUAUUCUUUUAAUUGGCCCAGUAUAACAAUGAUUUAGCCUAAUUUUGUUCCGAAAUUUGGACACAAUUAUUCUCAGCAUUACCCAAUAGCAACACUCCUCUCAUACCUACCUACUUAUUAUUUCAAAAUAAAACAUUUAAAUGCAUAAA